UGGCUGGGAGUUACUACUGAGUGGGGGACCAGCAGAGCUGGGGAGAUGGGGGAUACUACUGAGUGGUGGAUCAGCAGAGAUGGGGGUUACUACUGAGUGGGGGAUCAGCAGAGCUGGAGGGUUACUACUGAAUGGGGGAUCAGCAGAGCUGGGGUUACUACUGAGUGGGGUAUCAGCAGUGCUGGGGGUUACUACUGAGUGGGGAUCAGCAGUGCUGGGGGUUACUACUGAGUGGGGAUCAGCAGUGCUGGGGGUUACUACUGAGUGGGGGAUCAGCAAAGCUGGGGGGGUUACUACUGAGUGGGGGAUCAGCAGAGCUGGGGGUUACUACUGAGUGGGGGAUCCGCAGAGCUGGGGGUUACUACUGAGUGGGGGAUCAGCAGAGCUGGGGA